UCCCGGAAGCGGCGGACGACGGGCCGCGCAGAGGGUCAGAAAGCAUCGGAAGCGACGAAGGGGGGGGUGCCUGCCUGGGCUGGAGGGUCGCGAUGGAGGACGACGCACCGGUGAUUUACGGGCUGGAGUUCCAGGCACGAGCUUUAACACCUCAGACAGCAGAAACAGAUGCAAUAAGAUUUUUGGUUGGAACACAGUCUCUUAGAUAUGAUAAUCAGAUUCACAUUAUAGAUUUUGAUGAUGAAAAUAACAUUAUAAACAAAAAUGUUCUCCUUCAUCAAGUGGGUGAAAUUUGGCACAUUAGUACAAGUCCUGCAGAUAAAGGUGUACUAGCAACCUGCUACAAUAAAACUUCAGACACUAAAGUCAUGACAUGUGCUGCUGUUUGGAGGAUGCCGAAGGAAUUGGAAUCAGGCAGUCAUGAAUCCCCUGAUGAUUCAUCAAGCAACACUCAAACCCUGGAGCUACUCUGUCACCUUGACAACACAGCCCAUGGCAAUAUGGCCUGUGUUAUGUGGGAACCGAUGGGAGAUGGUAAAAAGAUUAUUUCACUGGCUGAUAAUAACAUAUUACUGUGGGAUUUGCAGGAAAGUUCAGCCAAAGCUGUGCUCUCUAGUUCCGCAGCCUUGGAAGGGAAAGGACAAUUAAAAUUUACCUCAGGAAGAUGGAGUCCACACCACAAUUGUACCCAGAUUGCCACAGCCAACGAUACCAAUGUCCGAGGGUGGGAUACACGGAGCAUGAGGCAGAUAUAUUGUAUAGAAAAUGCACAUGGACAGCUGGUACGAGACCUGGACUUUAAUCCCAACAAACAGUACUACCUGGCUAGCUGUGGAGAUGACUGCAAGGUGAAAUUCUGGGACACGAGAAAUGUCACUGAACCAGUGAAGACACUAGAGGAGCAUUCCCACUGGGUCUGGAAUGUCAGAUACAAUCAUUCUCAUGAUCAGCUGAUCCUUACAGGAAGCAGUGAUAGCAGAGUUAUUCUGUCUAAUAUGGUAUCAAUUUCUUCUGAACCAUUUGGCCAUAUGGUAGAUGAUGAUGAACUCAGUGACCAAGAGGACCAACAUCAAGAAGAGAAGAUUAAAGAGCCCCUUCAGGACAGUGUAAUAGCUACCUAUGAAGAACAUGAAGAUAGCGUAUAUGCAGUUGAAUGGUCCUCAGCAGACCCGUGGCUAUUUGCCUCUUUAAGUUAUGAUGGGAGACUGGUUAUUAACAGGGUUCCAAGAGCCCUUAAAUAUCAUAUACUGUUAUAAUUUGUUUGGAUUAUGCUGCAGUUGUUAACUUGAUGUACACAGCUGGUAGGUAUUGUUAAAGGUUUUUUUCAGGAUCUUUUUUUUUUAAGUAAAAAAGUUAAAAUUUUGUUAGGAAUAUCUGUACUGAUGUAGACUUGUAAUUUUGUCUUUUGUAUUUGCCUUGAGAAACGAUGAUGCAUUUUCUGAAAGCUGUUCUACCUGGAUGACUUUUUUAUUUUUGAGGGGCUAAUCAUUUUGUGAACUCUAAAGUUUCUGGAGAUAGUGGGUGCAUUCCAUACUAUUGCUUUAUUACAUCAUUUGCUUUAUGCAAAUAUAAUGAAUUACAGAAAUUAUAUUAUGCUGAUAUAAAACUGGGACAAUGUAGGGUUCAUGUAGCAGAAGUAAUCUACUUGUUUUCAAGAAUAAUAUUUUAUAUUUCUUGUAUAAGCAGCCUUCUGCUUUUAGCUAGGACCAUGUUCUGCUAACUGUUCUGGCUGUAAAUACAGUUGGGAGUGUUCUUAAGAGGCUUUCUUAAUACUGUCUAAUAUUUUAAACACUUCUUCUCCCAUUUUUGCAUGUCUUUAAGAAGGAAUGUUUUUUGUGAAUGUGAAACCUUCAAAAUAAUUUUUUUCAUUUGAGCCUUAUGGUAGUAUCAACAAAGUAACAUCCUGCAAUUUAUGAGUUAAGCGCAGUUCUCAGCUAUGGAUUGUUACUGGAAACAAUAUUAGUCUUUACCAAAAUCUCUGAUGUACUCACAUAAUGUGUUAUCCCAUAUUUAUAGGUUAAGUUGAGCUGUGAGGGACUCUGGAGCUAUGCUACUGUUAACCUGAAAAAUCUCUUUAAUAUUUGUCUACUUAGACUUUCUUACCCUUCUGGAUCCGUGCCAAUCUGCAGCACGCUGGCAUGAUGGAAAAAGGCUUUAAACUAAGCACAAAAUAUCCUUUGUUAUAUCCUACUUUUUGCAACAGGUGACCUAGACAUUGGUUACUAUGUUGUUACAAAUGCUGAGAACAGGCAGAUGCUGCACAGUAGGAGAAUGCGCAGGAAAUUUCAAAUGUAGGUGGAAGGCAUGAUGAAACAUUCCUGUACAUAUUGACAUCCUGUCUUGCCCUGGCAUAGCUUGCACUGAGAUGAAGAUUCGCUGCUUGCUCUUUGUGUACCCAAGCUAACUGGAUUAUUAAUUAUUCCCUGCUGCCUUAUCAACACUACUAUUUCCCUUUAACUUCAGAACUUGGGUAUGUGUGACAGUGUUGUUUGUGGUUGCAUUGUGUGAGACCACUCUGAAAAAAUGGCAAUGAACAUGGGAUGGAAAGAUCAAUACUAGCCUCUUCUAGUGAUCCCUUCUGUUGCUAUGGCAACUGUUGGUGUUAGUGGUGAGGGACAGUGUGCUGCUCACCUCUGUUUGUCCUUACCCGCUCUUGGAUCGAAACGUCCAAAUGCGAUUUGUUGUGUACACACAGCUGCUUCAGUGAGAUCACGUUUGGAGAGCAUGACUGACUGCUAUAGGCCAAAACAUCCAGAAAAGAUGACAUUUGAAUUCCAUUUCUGGCUUCCUUAAGGAAUUUACUUGGAAAAAUUCAUAGGAGUGAGUGAAGUAAUCCAAUUAAAUCGUCUGUACUAUUGCUUGCAUUUGUAUUAAUGAUGUUGCCUAUCUGCUCCAGAAUGAAUGCUUCAUUGGAAAUUCUGAUUAUCUGAUUUUCUAUGUUUAUAUUUUAAACUUGUGCUAUUUCAAAUUGUUUCAAUCUGUAAUUAGGCAUGAGCUAUUCACCUGUAUACUGUAAGAAGAACUACAUUUCCAAAUCAGUAAUGCUUCAGUUGUCUGAACGUGAAAAUCCUUGGUUGGGCUGCUGCUUUUUAUGUGGAGCUUUUCAUCAGACACAAAAUCUUAUUGGCUAUCCUGUCUGUCCCACCUGUAUACCACCCUCCCCACCCACCCCUCUGGGGAAAAAAAAAAAAAAAAAAGAAGAAAAAAAACCUCUGCAGAAUAUCUUUGGUAUGCAGCAGAACUCCUUAAAACUUUCUUCACAUUAGCAAUAAACAUCUAAUGAAACUUUGUUUGGCAGUGUAUGUGGCCGGCAGUGUGAAGGUGAUGGGGAAAUUGCCUAACCGUCAAUUUGUGUGGGAUUUGACUUGACUUUUAACGUGUAAUAAAUGCAGGAUAGAUUUCAGACUAA